AUGGACAUACAAGACGCUUCUAGAGUUGUUUACAUUUGUGGAAGUAAGUUACUUAAGUUAAAAUAGAGUGUGGAAAGGAUGUUUAACUUGAAGCCAAAGACAUUGUCAGAUGCCAAUGCGGCUACAGAAUUCUCUAUAAGAAAAGAAAGGCAGAUCCAAAGAAUCCACCUUAAUACGAAGCAAUCUGA